UUCAAUUCACCAGAAUAUUCAGUGUCAACUUCAACUUGGAUGGUUUGGAUGUAGGAAGUUAAACGCUUCUUAGUAUUCAACAAAUUUUAUAAUUAUCAAGACCACUGAAAAUUCUUGCGUUAAUAAUAAUAAAUAAUAACAAAUAAUCAUUGUCCACCAGAGACAUAAACAAUAUGAAAACUAUAAAGAGUAUAAUUUCUAGGUACAUAAAUUUCGCUACACAAUCAAUAAACAAGGCAGUCAAAAUGCUUAAAUCGAUUUACAGACUAACAGCCGGUUUCUGAUUUGAAAAAAGUAGAAAAUUUCUACUGCUUAUUCUCAAUAACCUAAGUUUUUUUAAUUUUACAAGUCAAAUAGUCCUAGUUUUAUCAAACUGCUAUCAACUGAUCAUCAAAAAACUAAAAUCGGAAACGAAAACUAAAUGACGUUAGUUUGAGACGUUUAACUUUAAAUUCUCAAUUAAGAAACCGAGUAUAAAAUUUCCUAAAUUAUUGUAAAGAGAUCAAUCUAACAUUAACCUACGUUAUUUUAAUAGAGCAGUUCUCCAAAAAAAUUGUUUGAAUGGGCUACCUUUUCAAGUUAAGCGUUUGCUACACUGCUAGGCAGUAUAAGCGAUUAAUUCCUUAUGCUAUCAUAUUAAAAACAAAGUGUCAUUGUCAAAUUUGUCAAAAGUUUGUAAGCAAAAAGCAGGCGUAGACUUUUUAUGUUAUUCUGUUUUUGUUAGAAUACAAUUACAUUAUAAAUGGAAUCUAGUGUUUCUGGACCAUCAACAUCUUCUAGGGCUACAAGAUUUAUGAUGGAAGGUGUUGGGGCACGUGUUAUAAGAGGACCAGAUUGGAAGUGGGGCAAACAGGAUGGCGGAGAGGGUCACGUUGGAACAGUAAGAAAUUUUGAGUCCCCUGAAGAAGUAGUGGUUGUCUGGGAUAAUGGGACAGCAGCAAACUAUAGGUGUUCUGGAGCAUAUGACUUACGCAUUUUAGAUAGUGCACCCACUGGUGUGAAACAUGAAGGCAGCAUGUGUGACACAUGUCAUCAGCAGCCUAUAUUUGGCAUUCGCUGGAAGUGUGCAGAAUGUUGCAAUUAUGAUUUGUGUUCUGUUUGUUAUCAUGGUGAUAAACAUCAUCUCCGUCAUCGAUUCUAUAGAAUUAGUGCACCAGGAGCACAGCGAUGCCUUGUAGAGCCUCGCAGGAAAAGUAAAAAACAAGCUGUGAGAGGUAUUUUUCCUGGAGCUAGAGUUGUUAGAGGGGUUGACUGGCAAUGGGAAGAUCAGGAUGGAGGUAAUGGCAGAAGAGGGAAAGUUAAUGAAAUACAGGAUUGGUCAGCUGCUAGUCCUCGUUCUGCUGCCUAUGUAGUGUGGGACAAUGGCACUAAGAAUCUUUAUAGGGUUGGCUUUGAAGGCAUGGCUGACUUAAAGGUAGUAAAUGAUGUAAAAGGACAAAAUGUUUACAAAGAGCAUCUACCGCUUUUGGGAGAACUAGGCCCAGGACGGACAGGUCCCCAUGGACUACAAGUUGGUGAUCAAGUAAAUGUAGACCUUGAUUUAGAAAUAGUACAAUCAUUACAACAUGGACAUGGAGGUUGGACAGAUGGAAUGUUUGAGUGCCUUGGUUCCACUGGAACUGUAGUGUGCAUAGAUGAAGACCAUGAUAUUGUGGUCACAUAUUCUAGUGGAAAUAGAUGGACCUUCAAUCCUGCUGUCUUAACUAAGGUUUGCAGUGGCAAUAUCAGUGCAUCAACGUCUACUAGCGGCGCGGCAGGCGGUGGUUUUGCCGUCGGUGACCUAGUGCAAGUGUGUGCUGAUAAAGAACGAGUGAAGGCAUUACAGAGAGACCACGGCGAGUGGGCUGAAGCGAUGGCUCCGGGGCCUUAUUUUUUGCCUACAAUAGUGGGGCCAGAAAGCUGGGAUCCUGGAAAGACGGCUCUAGGUACAGGGGCCUCACCAAUAGCUCUUAUUGCAAUGCUUAAUCCGUGCAGCGAAGGGGAUACUCUUGGGCAAAUCGGCCGCGUGCAACAGAUAUAUUAUGACAAAGAUUUAAAAGUGGAAGUCUGUAAUACUUCUUGGACAUACAAUCCCAAUGCUGUUACAAAGGUGGCAUCGUCUGUUGGGAGUAUUCCGGGAUAUUCAUCAGGAGAGUGUCUCUCAGAUUUAUUGAAGAAACUAUUUGAAUCACAUGUUACCGGAGAUGCCAAUGAAGAGUUGGUUAAGGCUGCAGCGAAUGGCGAUGCGACUCUUUGUGGAGAAAUACUCGCGCGCACUGACGGAGGCCACGCCGAUGUCAACGGCGUAUUCGGGGGACAUACGGCGCUACAGGUACAGUCGACAUCACGUCAAGUUACUACACAAUGACGAUGUGGCUCUAUGUAUUCGGGGGACAUACGGCGCU